GAGAGAGAGAGAGAGAGAGAGAGAGAGAGAGAGAGAGAGAGAGAGAGAGAGAGAGAGAGAGAGAGAGAGAGAGAGAGAGAGAGAGAGAGAGAGAGAGAGAGAGAGAGAGAGAGAGAGAGAGAGAGAGAGAGAGAGAGAGAGAGAGAGAGAGAGAGAUGGAGGAGAGAGCACGCCAGCAGCCCCCAGCCUGACCUGCGCCCCACAACCACCAAUUGA